UAAGUGCCCUUAAAAAUCAAUCUCUCCACGAAAUUACAAAAAUGCCACUCGAAGGGAUUCUGACCUGGUUCGUCCUCUAGAAGAGCAGCACCGGCGGCAGCACCGCCACGAAGAAGAAAUCUCGGCGGACGGUAGCCACGGUUCAGAGCAGCACUAGCUUCCUUCUUCGGUUGAAAUUCGUUUAAAUUUUCAAAUUUCGAAAUCAACAAAACAUUGGAUUUAGCAAAAUAUUGUACUGGAUUUUCAUUUGUAGGGGAAAGCGAAAGGAGGCUUGGAUGGGGAAGGAGGAUGCAAAGCUCCGGUCUCGGACCAAGCACAAGGGGAAAACAAAGUUCGAAGAGUAUUUGGGUAUGGAGACGAGCAUGCGGAACCCUGGAUUGUCUGCCGAGGAGGACUUGGAAUUGGAGCGGAAACUCGCAAAGAAACUGAAGGUCAAGGCUGGGAAGUUGCGAGGUGAAGACGACGGUAUCAAUGUGUUAUUUGAAGGAAUGUCUUCAAUGAUUGAUUCUCCCGAGGAAGACCUGCGGUUCUCUGAAGAGUUUGCAGUUGAGCCAUCUAAGAAGCAAACACUGGGUAAAGUGGGGAAGAAAAGGAAGUCGUCAGAUCAAGGCCCUGAUGGUGAUUUUGCGUCCGUGGAAGCAAGCGAGGCUGAUAUUGAGGUGGAAAAAUCUUCAAAGGCGUCCAAAAGUAAGAAACGUAAGAAGAAAAAGAUGUUAGAACAACACCCAGAUGAUAUAGUUACUGGUGGGAUUGCUGGUGAUGAUUCCAUAGAGGUUGCAGUAGAUAAAGUUCCUGUCAAAGCUUUGGAAGGAAACCAAAAAUAUGUUGCUCCUUACCUGAGAUUACAGAAGGGGAAUGAGUCUGAAGAUCAAACUCAACUCCGAAGGCGCGUUCGAGGUCUUUUAAACAGGCUCUCUGAAUCAAAUGUGGAAUCAAUUAUAGCGGAAAUGUCUACAAUAUUUCGUUCCAUCUCUCGCAGCAUUGCUUCUCAAGUUAUUAGCGAGGAGGUUUUGGCAUCUUGUUCACGUGGUCCUCGAGGCAAUGAACAGUAUGCUGCUGUUUUUGCCUCAUUUGUUGCUGGUAUGGGUUGUUUGGUUGGUACUGACUUUAGUGCAAGGCUCAUGGCUUCCCUUGCUAAAACCUUUGAGGAUGAACACCUGAAAGAAGAUAACCUUUCCUUGCGAAAUCUUACACUAUUGCUUUCCUAUUUAUGCAUAUUUGGAGUUUGUGCCAGUGAUCUAAUCUAUGAUUUUCUGAAUAUACUGAGCAAGCGGUUGACAGAAAUUGAUGUUUCCACCAUCCUGACAGUCUUACAAUGUUGUGGAAUGAAAAUAAGGGGUGAUGAUCCCACUGGAAUGAAGAAUUUUAUUGUUAGUGUUCAAAGUAAGGUUAAUGAGUUAAAGGCAGCCCCUGGAGAUGGUCCACAAAAUAUCAAUGGAAAGAGAAUGGAGUUCAUGCUUGAGACCAUAUGUGACAUCAAGAAUAACAAGAAAAGACAUAAGGAUGAUCCUGCACACCAUACACGGAUAAAGAAAUGGCUACAAAAGUUAAGAGUAGAAGAUAUAUUAAUUAGAGGAAUUAAAUGGAACAAGCUGAUUGAUCCUGAUAAGAAGGGGCAGUGGUGGUUGUCUGGGGAUAUGAGUUAUAUGACAACGACAUCAAAAAACGUCACGGAGUUCGCUAGCACAAUUGAUAAAGAGGUUGUUGAAGCUCAGAAAAUGCUUCAGCUUGCAGCUGCACAGAGAAUGAAUACAGAUGCCAGGAAGGCAAUAUUCUGUAUUAUAAUGAGUGGAGAGGACUAUGUUGAUGCAUUUGAGAAGCUACUAAGAUUGGAUUUACCAGGAAUGCAGGACAGGGAGAUCAUGAGAGUUGUUGUGGAGUGCUGUUUACAGGAGAAAGUGUUCAAUAAGUACUACACAAUUUUAGCUUCCAAAUUGUGUGCACAUGAUAAAAACCACAAGUUUACAUUACAGUAUUGCCUGUGGGAUCACUUCAAAGAACUGGAAACAAUGCAGCUUAUUAGGUCGAUGAAUCUUGCGAAAUUCGUCGUCGAGAUGAUCACUUCUUUUACUCUGUCCCUUGCGGUUUUGAAAUCUGUGGAUUUGAGUGAUGUCAGGCUGCUUACUCCAAAGAGAAUCAUGCAUUUUCGCAUGCUGUUCGAUGAAAUUUUUAAACGUCCUGACAAGCUGAUAUGGAACGUAUUCACUCGAGUUGCUGUUAACCCCGAGCUUGAACCUCUUCGAAGCGGUAUGCUAUUCUUCAUUAGAGAGUACAUGAUUAGAACUAAUAAAGUUGAUGCAAAAAAGUUUAAGCUUGUCAAGAAAGCGCUUAACAACGUCGAGGGAGUUCUUAUGUAAGUCUUGGAUUGAUAACAAGUUUUCAAUAUUAACUUAUUAAUAUUAGUCAUUUUAACUUAUUUAGAAA